AUGGAUCGCAUAGAAAGAAAGAGAAGAUCUUUCUUACCGAAAACAACGCAGGCUUCUGAGCCGCCCAUUAAGUUCUGCCGCAUUACGGAAGAAAAUUGCCGUAGUGCGAAAAUAAUUAAGAAUGAAUGCAGGUUAAGUGACAAUGCAAAAUCUUAUCCCGAAUCCUCUACUAGUACACUACCAAAUGUUAAUUUUUAUAACGAUCCAUCAAAUUUCCUCAGUUGCAGCUGUCUUGGCUCACCACAACAGGUUUGGCAUAGUCUUUGCGAAUCACGGGAAAAAGAUAAUGAAAGAAAGUCGGAGAAAUGGAAAAAAUUGGAGGUGAAAGGCAUUCGUUCCCGAAUUACCACACUCCUAACAAUGAUCCAACUAUGCGAAUAUAUGAAAUAUCGUCGUGAAACAUAUCACCGUGCCAUAGAUAUAUUCGAUCGUAUAAUGGCUGUGUUUGACUUUGAAGCAAUGAAUAAAUCAGAAAUAAUUUUUACAGGGAUUUUCGCCGUCUUCAUCGCUUCUAAAGUAGAGGAACGGCAAAAAAACCACUGGAGAACUAUAGCGGACUACAUAAGUAAAGUUUCGCCAUGCGAUCGCAUGAAAACAGAAAAUAUGUUCGAUCUGGAAAUGAGAAUAAUUACCAACGUCAAUUGGUCAUUCAGAACUAUAACUGCCUUAGAAUGGGCUAAAAUAUAUGCACAUAUGACGCGAGUUUAUACCACAUACAAACGAAUUCAUAACUUGUCUUUGGCACAUCAAUCAACGCCAACUAAAAAAAGAACAAAAAUAGCAUACGGAGUAUCCGAUGAUCAAGAAGUGGAUUUUUUCACAUGGGCACAACUGGAUGAUCUCGUCAUAGGUGAACCAUCAUCUCCAGUAGAUUUGUGCAAUCGAAUUGCCAUCGCACAGGUCGUGGAUCUUUGCAUGAUAGAUCUUUACAAUUUUAAUUUCACAUAUCGCCAACUAGGAGCAGCAGCUUGUGUUUCGGUAUUUGGUCUUGAUUAUGAAAUAGCCUUAAGGAUUACAGGCCUCAAAAUGAAAGAUCUACGUCCGGCACUAGACUUCGUGAAUUCACAUCGACGAAUCUACAUGAAGUACGUCCACAAGGAAGGUGCUAAUAUAGCCUUUACAAGAGGGAAUGAUCUACUGCAUUUUUUCAGUGGAUUAGAUGAAGACGAGGAAAUUGAGGUGAUAGAAAUCCAAGAUGAAGCAUCCAAAAUUUCGGAAUCUACACAAACAUUGCUAAAAUGGAUGCCUGAAAUAGAGGUCCUGGCUCCACAGUCAUAUCCAAAAAAGAAGACUAGUCAUAAAAGUUCCAAAAUAUCCGGAAUUACAGAUAAAGUAUCGGAGAGUACUAGAGAGAUAUCAGAGAAGCAAGGACCGUCAAAUACGUUAUCUAAAUUUCGAAGAAAAUCGAGCAUAUUCGUGUCCGACUUAGAAGUGUCAUUGUUAGAGAUAAAUGUCAAUUCUCCAAACUUUCGAGACAUCUCCAUGGAGGCCAACAUACCAGAACAACAAAGACUAAGAAUUUUGUCACCUGAAAGUGGAAAUAAAGAACGGAUUUGCAAACUCCCCCAUAUUAUGCUUAAAAAGAAAGCACAACUUCCUGGCACAUCAGCUGCAACAGUGAAGAUAUUCUCUCAUCCUCCACCAUUUCUGCAGGUACCCGCUAAUAAAAAAUGUGGAAAAAUAAUCGAGAUGGAGUGUGGAUGUGGAUGCGGACAACAAAGCAUAAUUGAAAACAUGAAUGAACUGGAGAAAAUGAUUAGUUCACUCACAUAUCACAAGGGAAAAGGGGAAGCUAAAGGAAAAAUAUUUGUAACCAAACGUAACCAACAGGGUGAAAUAAAAAUACGCCGUGAAAUCCCUAUCCCUCAUCCAACUGAAGCUAUGGAAAAGCAAAUGGCGCAAUACUACACGCAGUGUUUUCCCCUUGAAGCACAUACAACGAUGCGUGUCAUAAAGCGUUUACAACGAUUUUGGAUGGAAUGUGGAAAUCGUCAGCUAUCCAGACGUCGACAUUCCCAUUCAGUACUUCGGCAAUAUAGAUGUACAAAUAGAAAUCGACAAAGAAGGAAAUCCAAAUGA